AUGCUUAAUAGUUUGAUAAUGGUUUCAAGACAAUUAAUGAAAAUUGUCCCAAUUCCACAGUUAUCAGAUAAUUUUGCUUAUCUAAUAAUAUGUCAAAAAACUUUUCAUGCUGCAGCUGUUGAUCCAAUAGAAUAUUCCGAUAUAGCUAAAGCUGUUAAAGAAAAUAAUGUAAGUAAACUUGAUGGAGUUCUUGUGACACAUCAUCAUUGGGAUCAUUCAAGUGGGACUAAAAGUUUUGCAGAUAAAAAUGUACCUCUUCAUACAACAAUAUAUGGUGGUGGAGAUAAAAUUAGUUAUGUUAAUAAAAUUGUUAAAGAUGGUGAUGAAAUAAAUAUUGGAUCAAUUAAAAUUAAAUGUUUAUCAACACCAUGUCAUACCAAAGAUCAUAUUUGUUACUAUGCAACAACUUCUAAUAAUGAAGAAAAAGCUGUAUUUACAGGGGAUACACUUUUUAUUUCAGGAUGUGGAAGAUUUUUUGAAGGAUCACCAGAAGAAAUGAAUGUAGCAUUAAACGAAAAAUUGGGUUCACUUCCAAAUGAUACUAUGGUAUAUUGUGGUCAUGAAUAUACGGUUAAAAAUCUUCAAUUUGCAUUGUCACUUGAACCAGAAAAUAAUGAUAUUCGUAAAAAACUUGAAGAAACUUCAUUAAAUAUCUCUAAAGGUAUUCAUUCUAUUCCAUCAACAAUUGAAAAAGAAAAAAAAUAUAACCCUUUUAUGAGAGUAUCAUCAGAAGAGAUGAAAAAGGCUACUAAUGAGGUGAACCCUAUAAAUAUAAUGAAAAAAUUGCGUCAAUUAAAAGAUGCAUUUUAG